ACGGCUGGCCAGAAUUCUCGGCCUAAGAAAGAAUUGGCUGGAAGGCUUUACCGGCAGAAACAAAAACAGGGUGCGUACAAGUGGUGCCCACUGGAGACAGAUACGGUGUUCGGUUGGCUUUGCCAACAAUGCAGGAACCUUCCGGAGGGCAGGGGCGCUGUCCUCUGCCCACUCAACCUCUUCUUUUCUCUUCGCCAGGUCACAGACCAACACGUCGCAACGCAGGCCAACCUUUCAGAGAUCGGCCACGGAGAAAAACGCCCAGAUGGAGACUUAUGAGGAUCACCCCUGGUGCUCCUACAGCUAUCCAAGUGGGGAAGAGGAGAUGACCGGUGAAGAUAUGCACCACCAUGACCGGCAGCUGGCCAAGAUCAGAGCUCGGAGUAACAGCCGAUCCCGCCACCGAUCCUCCUUCCUGGUGGAUGAGCUUGACAUGCUCAUGGACAAGGCAGCCACCACCAUCCAGGCAACGUGGCGGGGCCACCUCACCCGUAAGCAGCUCAUGACGGAGCAGGCUGCGGCCGCCACUAUCCAGGCUGCUUGGAAGCGAUACAUCUCUCGCGAGUACCAUGCUUUGCAGCGGCAGCAGGAGCCUUCGUCACAAGUCUACAGGCGCCGAAGAACGUCCUCCAUUUCCUCCUUUGGGGGGGAGAGAGAAUCCUGGGGUUACCCCAGGAUGGACAGGGAGAGAGCUGCCCAGGUCAUUCAGGCACACUAUCGGGGCUACCUGACACGCCAGGCCCUCGCCGAAUGCCAGCAGGCAGCCACCACCAUCCAAGCUCACUGGCGGGGAUAUCGUACCCGACGGGAAAUGGCCCAAGCAGGAAGCCACACUUACCACCCUGGACGCCCACAGAGGACCUACUACAGCCCCCCAAGGUUUCCAACAGGGACCUACUAUGGCCAUCCCAGCUACAUGCCCGGAAGCUCCUCCUGGGUGGGCCCGUACCCCAGGAAACACUGGCGCAAGUGCCUUGUGGGAGACCCCGAGGAGUGGAAAAGCAAGGUACCACGAUCCCCGUCCUUCCUGGUCCAGCAAGAGGACCCCAAGCCCUCCCAGCCCAAGACCUGUCCGCGCUGCGGGCGUUGCACCAGCAUCCGUGUACUUGUGGGUGUGGGCAAAGGGCUGCCAUCAGAAUCAGAAGUGGAGGACAGUGAAUGCGAAGGACAUGCAAGUACCUCUCCGUCCAGGAAUGCCCGAAGGACGUCCUACACCUCCCGGCAGGAGAGACCAGCGUACAGCCAGCCACGCCGUUACGGGCCACGCUUCUCCUAUCAGGGGCCUUCAAAAAGCUACUCUACGGCUGCCGACGAGCAGCCACGCAGGCAGAGUCGGGAGCCCAGCGUAGUCGUCAGCCAGCGUGUGGCCCCCAGCACACAAACCUCCAUCCGGCUGACACGGGAGCGCACCAGCACCCGCAGUCUCUCCUCCACCAGCGUCCAACAGCAGCAGCUACAACAGCAAGGCGUGCCUUCCCAGGGCACCUCCGACUGGUUGUACGACAACUACGCUGCCCGCCGGAUGGGCGAAGGCCAGAGGCGCGUGUUCAAGACCAGGAAGCAGAUGUGGCAAGUGGUACGUGCAGCCACCCUGAUCCAGGCCUUCUGGCGGGGCUGGAGGGUCAGGCAAAUGUUGCGUCUGCAGGAAGAAGCGGCAAUCAAGAUCCAGUCCGCCUAUCGGGGUUACCGAACCAGAGCUUACCUGAUGGAGGUGGGAAUCCUCAGUGAAGGGGAUACGGAUUAAAACGUUUUCAGGGGACUGGUCCUCUUGGAACUGGGAGGGGGAAGAAGAGGCAGCUCAAAGAAGAACACCAAUUUCAGCCUCCUCUCCCUGCCUCCUCUAACAAGGAAGCUUGCAUUCUAAUAAAUUGAGCCUAAUUAUGAAUGCUUCUCAGUUUUGCUUCUAGGGCAGUGGUUCUCAACCUGUGGGUGGGGACCCCAUUUG